CCAGCUACUCCACUCGGUCCCGAUUCCUCCCUGGCUCAUCCCAGACUCGAUGUCAGAGAGGUCCUGACGGAUUCUUACCAGUCCUCGUCACGGUAUCAAUCACACAGCUUCCCUACGGUUAACUUGGUGUCGGUGCGCUGUUUCUCUCCUUAUGAGCAAUCGAGAAGAAACCAGUUUUAAUUGAAUCGAACAAGGACAGAUCGAAUGGAGAGGAUUCAAGGAGCUGGCCUUAACGAGACAUAUUCGUAUAACAUUGAAGAAUGAAUCUCUCUGUGAGUGACUGCUGGAACGACGAUCAGAUUCGAAGAACAUCUUUCGUGUGAAUUUUGAAAUUCGGUUAGAGGGGGUGAGUGUAAAAAGAGAAAGAUUCUGGCUCGAAGAUUCAUAAGAAGAUUGAAAGAGAAAGUUGAUGACAGUUUGAGACAGCAGAGUUUUGUUGCGAGAAUUUUGAUUGGAAUUGUGGUUUGAAGACUGAAAUCGAGUCGUCGUUGAGCAUGUGGAAAUUGUUAGCUUUGACGACCACGUGAUCGAAAGUUGUAGAAAGGUGCAGUGUACAAUAUUUGUCAAGAUCGAUACUCAUCGAGCAAUGAUGAAGGACAAGAAUAGUGAAGAAAAAAAUUGUUUAUCGAUAAAAAGAUGUGAAAGAAUGAUAUCGAUAGAAGAUAGGAAUUGAAUUUGUAGAAGGAAUUGAUCGAAAAUAAUUGUAGAUCGUAAAUCAGAAUAACGGUCGAGAUGUCAUCGAAAACGCUUCACAACGAGCACAUCAAACGUCCGAUGAACGCGUUUAUGGUGUGGUCACGGGGACAGCGACGGAAAAUGGCCCAGGAAAAUCCGAAGAUGCACAAUUCUGAGAUAUCGAAGAGGCUUGGCGCCGAAUGGAAACUGCUCAGCGAAAGUGAAAAGCGACCUUUCAUCGACGAAGCUAAAAGAUUAAGAGCCCUCCACAUGAAAGAGCACCCAGACUACAAGUACCGGCCACGCAGGAAGCCGAAAUCUUUAGUAAAGAAAGAGAACAAAUUCGGUUUCUCGAUAUCACCCCUGAUGUCCUCGGGUGAGACCUUAGGCAAUAUAUCGAGAAGCCUCUUGCCACCUUUGGCACCACCAUCGCACCACACGUUGAUGAGCCACGAGGAUCUCAAGAUCCCCCGUUUCUUCCCGCCAUUUCCAUACCCCCUAUAUCCUAUACAACACAAACUUGGAGAAGAGUUCAACGGUGGCAAAUUGGCCGCAGAUUUGGCGCUUCAAGCACUCUACGGAGGCAGCACCUUUUACUCGAGCCAUCAAACCAUGUCCUGGCCGGGAUUAUCAACAGCGACCUGUCUCCAACCCAAUUGUGGCUGUCCAAGUCCACCUAAAGAUCCAAAGAGGCCGUACUUGCCCACCAAAUUAGAAGAAAGACCUUUUCCUAGUCCAGGUAAGCCAGAAGAGGAUGGAUUUCCUUCGGACAGAGACUCUAGCAGGGAAGAAGCUCGAUAUAGAAAACUUGAAGAAGAUACGUACUUGUCUUCGGUCGACAGGCACCAGGAAGACAGGUCUCAAGAUAGAUUUUCUUCGUCUUCUUCUUCGUCACCUACCGAUCAGACAGAAAAAGCUGUUAAUAGUGUUCCAACGACGACGUCGACCGCAACGACAAAAGUGGAGAGCGCGUUUUCGGUUCAAAAUCUGACGUCGUCCAGUUCAAAUUUGGGAAGUCAUCGCGGCCACGUCAUAUGAAGGCCGCUUCCGGUUCUCCCGGACCUAAACUUCCGGGGGAACCUGGUACCACCUGGAUGGCCAAGCACUGACUGGUGGAGGGUACCACCGAUGUUAUCGCCCAUUCCUCAGACCACGGUGACGAAUUUAAACGUACCACCAAAGGACGACGAGGUUCAAUUACAAGAAGAACAGAGAAACUCCGUGAUGGCCAGAUCGAGGGGCAUUCAUAUUGGAAAUGUACAGUGAUCAUUGAUGCCCAGGGAGAUGAAUAGCUUCUAAAAUGAUUCGAUUCAAAACUGUCGAUCGAAGGUCCAUAAUCUGUUAUGUAAACGAUGACGAAAGAAAGUUAUCAAUUGUGUAUAUGAUGUAAACGGGACUUUUCAUUGGAAAAGUGACUCUUUUACGAAUCGGAGAUUUACAUUUAUAGAAUCUUAUACUCUCCUCCUUAGUUAAAAUGUCUUAUCUACCACCUUGAAACUGAAGAAAACUGAAGUUGAAUGGUGUACUUUGUUCGAUCUUUAGUUUUCUUCGUUCAAUCGAAAAUACUUAGUCACUAUUUCUUAAGAGCAUGUGUAAUAUAACAUAUUGUUAAAAGAUAAAAACAUAUGGAAAUACUAAUUGGGUUCAUAUUUGAACCUAAUUAAUUGUUAUGUAAAUGCUAUAAUAAAUACGAUGACAUGUAAAUACCUUCCGUAUCCGCUGCAUAUCUUCAAAAAUACUAGAUAGGAUAUUUUGACGAAGGAGGGCUGUAUAGAAAAAGGUAUGAAAGAUGAACCACGAAGGUCGUCGAUCGUUCGUAACCUGUUGCGUUGUGUGAUAAUUCCAACAGCCUACUUAACCUGUUUUUUACGAUUGUAUAUAUGAUAUCUCGUUGAGAGGAAAUCCUAAAACCUGGUUGGAGACCUCGAGAAAUACCACAUCAUCCCAGUGAUGUUCCACAAUGUCCACGAGUGAUCUUACUCUUGGGAGUUGCAGCUUUUUCGCUAGGGAGACGGAACGAGUCGAACUUUUCGAUGAGAAUUCGUUAUGCGACUCGACGGUGGAUACCAAAGCCGAAUCGAUAACUCGCCACGGCCAAAAUCCUACAAAGAGAGAAGCGAAAGGGUCCUUUCUGGCAAAGCGUGUACAGGGAUGCCAGAGAAGAGUCCAAUUUUGAUGAGAUAACCAACCCUCUCGGUGGCACAUAUUACCGCACACGCGAGCCCAAAGCGCCACGGGAGGACAGAAAAGAGCCCCCAUACGAGCGAAGAGAGGUAGGAAAAAAAUAAAACCCUCUUCGAGCAGAGGCAAAUCUCUUCUUUAGGGCGCGGCCAUGCGAAAUAAGCCAAACAUUCUGAAUGCUAACGUAGAUGCGACACAGCGGACCUGUAUACGCGUUAUACCACCC